GUUCCGCUCCGCUGGGUUCGGUCGGGCGGAUGAGUAUGCCUGGAAGAGAGAGCGGUGCAACGGGGCGGUGAGGGGCAGCCGAGGAUGAAGGCUGAGCGCUCAGCCGAGUCCCGGGGCGGGGCCGCCGGAGUGUUCGGCGUUGCCCUGGCGGCCCGCAUCGUCUUGGUUUUCUACGGCCUCUACCAGGACCGUACCUUGGUGGUGAAGUUCACGGACAUCGACUACCGGGUGUUCACGGACGCGGCGCGCUUGGUGACGGAGGGCCGCUCCCCCUAUCGGCGAGCCACUUACCGCUACACGCCGCUGCUAGCCUGGCUCCUCACCCCCAACGUCCGCCUCUCGGAGCUCUUCGGCAAGUUUCUCUUCGUCGGCUGCGACCUGCUGGCCGGGCUCGUGAUGCUGCGCCUCCUGCGGCUGUCCGGCCUGAGCCUCCGCCGAGCCCGCGCCUCUUGCGCCUGGUGGCUGCUCAACCCGCUGCCCCUGGUGGUGUCCAGCCGGGGCAAUGCCGAGUCGGUCCUCGCCGCCCUGGUGCUAACGGCCUUGUACCUCUUGGAGCGGAGGAAGGUGGCGGGCGCCGCGCUGCUCCACGGCUUGGCGGUGCACCUGAAAGUGUACCCGGCCACCUACAGCUUCCCCAUAGCCCUCUACCUGCGGGCGGCGGCGGCGCCGGGGCGGGCGGCGGCGGCGGCGGGCUCCCCGCCACGCCUCCGGGCGCGGCUCUGGGCGCUGGCCCGCGGGUUCUGUGGCCCGGAGGUGGUGCUCUUCGGAGCCGGGGCAGGGCUCACGUUCUUUGCCCUGGGCUUAGGGUUUUAUUACAAAUACGGCUGGGAAUUUUUGGAGCACACUUACCUCUAUCACCUCACCAGACGCGACAUCCGACACAAUUUUUCCCCUUACUUCUACAUGCUCUAUCUGACAGCAGAGAGCGAGUGGAGUUUUCCCCUGGGGCUAGCAGCGUUUGUGCCCCAGGCGGUGUUACUCGUCGCUGUGUCUUUUGCUUUUUAUAGGGACCUUGCUUUCUGUUGUUUCCUUCACACUGCCAUUUUUGUGAGUUUUAAUAAGGUCUGCACUUCCCAGUAUUUUUUGUGGUACCUCUGCUUGCUACCUCUUGUGAUGCCACGGAUAAGGAUGUCCUGGAAGAGAGCCGGUUUCCUCCUUGGGCUGUGGUUUAUGGGACAGGCUUUAUGGUUGGCUCCUGCUUAUUUCCUUGAGUUCCAAGGGAAAAACACCUUUUUGCUCAUCUGGUUAGCUGGUUUGUUAUUUCUUUUUAUUAACUGUUACAUAUUGGUUCAGAUUAUUUCUCAUUAUCAGUUGAGACAGUUGACCGAGAAAAUCAAACCGCAGUAAUGGAUAAUAUUAGUAAGUUUCUGUGUUUCAUGCCCAUCGUAUGGGCCACCAAAGUGCUUUAAAAAAGUAAUUUACACUUUGAGCAUUUUAAUCACCCCCCCCACCCCCCAAAGAAAAGAAAGAGGUGCACAAAACUCAGUUUACGCUAGGAAUCUCAAGUAGAAUGUAGGGAAAAACUUGGAGGCUAUUAUUGCUUCUUGUGGAUGCAAUUCCAUUGAAGAACACUAGUAAAGGAAAGUUACAAAUUUGACUAUAGAUGUCUCCAAAGUCUUAGUGCAGUGUUAAACUUGAAUAGAUUAUAUUAGCCAUUAUACUGAGCCUUUUGGAAUAUAUCCUAUAUUGUAAAGGAAUAAGUGUGUUUUCAGUCACCAAAGACUUUUUUUUUUUUAAUUAUAGCUUUUUAUUAACAAAACAUGCAUGGGUAAUUUCUCAACAUGGACCCUUGAAAAAACUAAUGUUCAACUUUUCCCCUCCUUCCCUCUUCCCCCCUCCCCUAGAUGGCAGGUGAAGUCCCAUACAUAUUGAACAAAGACAUUUUCUGAAGAAAGAAUAGGAAUCACUUGCUGCAAUAUUCGUGCCAACUGGAUUUUGGCCCCAAUAGACUAGAUUUAAUAAACCCAGAGAGUUUAUAUUCUUACAAAUAGUUUAACCUCCAAGUAUUCUUGUUUAUAAAACGGAAUUAGUAAUCACUAGCCCUACAAAGUUGUGAUAACAAGUGCUAAAUAAACACUAUUUGGUUAGGCACAAUACUUUUUUCUUUUAAAUAAAAUAGAAUGGGAGUUUUCAGGGCACAAGUAAUGAAUAAAACAAAUGUUAAUUGUUUAUCUUGGACUUCUCCGUAUGACUUGAAGCUGAACUGCUAAAACCUAUUUGACACCUUCAAAUGUGAGCCCCUUGAGAACUAGCACUGUUUUUACUUUUUUUUGUCUGUGUCUCAGAAGUUAGCAUAGUUUUAAGUGCUUAAUGAGUGUUUUUUCAUUUGUUAAAUCGUGCCUUUUCAUUCCUUAUUUGGUUUGGUUUGGUUUGCCAAGCUCCGUCAUUUCUGCACUUUAACACUAAUGUUAUUGACAUGCAAUUGAUUUUCAAUAAAUAAAAAUUAUUGCAUUUUUAAAAUUGAAAGAAACUUAUAUUUUUGAGAUAUGUCUUUAUAAAUUCAAAUAUACUUGUUCUUCAGGCUUGUGUUUGUUUCUGGAACAGGGAAGUGGUAAAUAAACUAUGUGUCUAUCAUA